AUGGCAUCAUUGAGAGGAAGAAAUGGUUAUUUUGAGUCUUGUUCAACAUAUACAGAUAAAGAAAAUUACUUUCUAGUUGAUUCAAGAUAUGAAAUUGUUAGAAUUUUAGGAAAGGGUUCUUAUGGGGUUGUUUGUUCUGCAAUUGAUACUAAAAGUUUGAGUACUGGAUUGGAACAUAAGAUUGCAAUAAAGAAAGUGACGAAAAUCUUUACAAAAGAUAUAUUGUUGGUAAGAGCUAUAAGAGAAUUGAAGUUUAUGAAGUUCUUUAAAGGACAUAGAAAUAUUGCAACAUUACUUGAUUCAGAUGUUGUUUAUGUAAAACCAUAUGAUGGACUUUAUUGUUUUCAAGAAUUAGCAGAUUUAGAUUUAGCAAGAGUUUUAUAUUCAAAUGUUCAAUUAUCUGAAUUUCAUAUUCAAAAUUUUAUGUAUCAAAUUUUAUGUGGUCUUAAAUAUAUUCAUUCAGCUGAUGUUGUACAUAGAGAUUUAAAACCUGGUAAUAUUUUAGUAACAACUCAAGGAAUAUUAAAAAUUUGUGAUUUUGGUUUAGCAAGAGGUAUACAUCCAAAAUUCUUUAAAAAUAGAGUUGCAACAAUAACAAAUUAUGUAGCAACAAGAUGGUAUAGAGCCCCUGAAUUAAUAUUAUCAUCAAAAAAUUAUUCAAAAGCAGUUGAUAUAUGGGCAAUUGGUUGUAUAUUAGGAGAAUUAUUUGGUAGAAGACCAAUAUUUCCAGGUAAAAAUCUGAAUGAACAAAUAUUUGAAGUUGUUAAAGUAUUAGGUAGUCCAUCACCAGAAACAGUUAAAAAAUAUAAUUGGAAAAUUGAAGGAAUAUUAUGGUGUAAAUAUAAACAAGUUAAAUGGCCAACAAUAUAUCCUUUUGCACCAAUUGAAGCAAUAAAAUUAUUAGAUAAUUUAUUACAAUGGGAUUAUAAAAAAAGAUGGGAUGUUGAUAUUAUUUUGGAACAAGAAUUUUUUAAAUUUGUUAGAAAUGGUGAAGAACCUGAUUCAAAAUCAGUAUUUGAUUUUAGUUUUGAAGAACCAACAAAAAUUCCAAGAUUAAAAGAAAUUUUAGAAGAAGAAGUUAAAGAUUUUAGUGAAUUAUGUCAUAAAGUUGAAGAUUAA